GAAUACAUUGGCAUGAUUGAAAUGUCCAUCAUAUUACAUUACAAAGAUAUUAUCCCUUUUAUAAAUAUAUUUUUAUUCAGACUGACCUGUUUUGAGAAUGCUAUAAUGGAAAGUGAGGAACUAGAUAAAGAUUUGUUUAAGAAUUGGGUGCGAGGCUCAAAAGGACUAGAAUACUUACAGGAAGGUCUUCAAGAAUUUGUUGGAGAAAAAGUACUGCAAUGUCGUGAUAAUACCCUUCAAAAGAUAUUAUCAGCAUUACCAUCUGGAUCACCUCAACAGUGCAACCAGUGUACAGAAAAUAAUCUUUCUCCAGAACAUUUCAAUUCUACGAAGGCAUGUAACAGACGCACAUGUAGACAAAAGACCUCGAACAACUGUUUUGGAAGCAGACCAGUCGGACGUAGAAAAUGUCCUGAUGGCAUUUGCAGUAAAUUUUACGACGCAAUUAUAGAUGAGCAUGCAUUUGAAGACCCCUUAUGGAAGAACACAGACCCAAGUACGUGGUGUUCGGAUCCUCAUGGGUGGAGUUAUGCAAAAUGUUUCCAAACAACUAAAGAUCCAGGGACAUCAGCUCAAGAUACAGAUGCUGCUGGUCUGCUGAGCAUUAUUAUAAACAACAAGUCAAUACAAAACUUUGUGACCAGAAUUAAUCCUCAUACCAGGAGUUCGUUUCAUACGGCGCGAGACAUCCGAAAUAAAAUUUUACAUAGCUCAAAGCUUGAAAUCGACGAAACAACUGUGUGUUCUUAUUUGGACGCGUUCAUUGUUGUUCUUCAAGAUCCAAAGUGUCUAAUUAACGAAGAGGCGUCAAAGAAAGCGGUUCAUAAACUAACACAGUUAAAAAACAACACAAUUCACAUAAGCCAGGGAGACACAGUGUCACUUCUUGAGAAUAGAAAUAAGGCGUUAACCGAACUUGACGAAAGAACAGCAAAAUCAUUGCGUAAACUCGAUGAGAAAGCAUUGGUUGUUCAAAAAGAAGUUAAGAAUGUCGCUUUAGCUGCAAAGCGAACAGUUUCUAUGAAGAAAAGGGUUGCCAUAUCUAAAAUAAACACAGCCGAGAAACAAGCAAAACAGAAGAUUGAUGAUGAUAUAUUUGAAAUUGAAAAAUCUGUGAAAAUGGCAAAAAAUAGUAUUGUCAGAGAGAAAGGAAGUGCUUCCUCCGCUGUUCACACCAAGGGGUUGCAAAGCCGAGAGAUGAAAGGUAAAUAAAUUCAUCUUUCAUAAUUUUAAAUAAUAACAUGAUGUUUUCUUCUUAAGUUAAGUUAUAUUUAUUAAGAUAAUGAGAUUUGAAAGUUA